CUCCCUACUCAUCUCUGUGAGCUCGAGACUCUUCCCCCUCUCACUGCCUUCACGAGCUCUCCUGCCGAAACCUACGUGAGGCGGCCAGUGAAGCGCGAGCCUAUCCCCCUUCUCCCAACAUGGCUACAGUGGUAACCUCGACCAGGUUCACGGACGAAUAUCAGCUGUAUGAGGAGCUCGGAAAGGGUGCCUUCUCAAUCGUUCGCCGAUGUGUUAAGAAGUCCACUGGCCAGGAGUAUGCUGCCAAAAUUAUCAACACAAAAAAGCUGUCAGCCAGAGAUCACCAGAAACUCGAGCGGGAGGCGAGAAUCUGUCGUCUACUCAAACAUCCAAACAUAGUUCGACUCCAUGACAGCAUCUCAGAGGAAGGCUUCCAUUACCUCGUCUUUGACCUUGUCACUGGAGGAGAGCUGUUUGAGGACAUUGUUGCUCGAGAGUAUUACAGCGAGGCAGAUGCCAGUCACUGCAUCAAUCAGAUCCUGGAGAGCGUCAGUCACAUCCACCAGCAUGACAUUGUGCACAGGGACCUCAAGCCAGAGAACCUUCUCCUGGCCAGUAAGAUGAAGGGAGCAGCAGUGAAGCUUGCUGACUUUGGUCUAGCCAUUGAGGUGCAGGGAGACCAACAGGCAUGGUUUGGUUUUGCAGGAACUCCAGGGUAUCUAUCACCAGAGGUGUUGAGAAAGGACCCUUACGGCAAACCAGUGGACAUAUGGGCAUGUGGUGUGAUACUGUACAUCUUGUUGGUGGGCUACCCUCCCUUCUGGGAUGAGGAUCAACAUAAAUUGUACCAGCAAAUCAAGGCUGGUGCUUAUGAUUUUCCUUCUCCGGAGUGGGACACAGUGACCCCUGAGGCCAAGAAUCUGAUCAAUCAGAUGUUAACCAUUAACCCUGCCAAACGGAUCACUGCCGACCAGGCCAUCAAGCAUCCCUGGGUCUGCCAACGCUCCACUGUGGCCUCCAUGAUGCACCGUCAGGAGACUGUGGAGUGUCUGCGCAAGUUUAACGCCAGGAGGAAACUGAAAGGAGCUAUCCUCACAACGAUGCUGGUGUCCAGGAACUUUUCAGUGGGACGGCAGCAUACCAGCCCUGCCGCUACCACCAGCACGGCCACAAUGGCACAGGAAGCAUGCAAAACCUUACUAAACAAAAAGUCGGACGGAGUAAAGUCACAGGGGAACAACAGUAAUAACAGUGUAGUAAGCAGCAGCAGCACCAAAGACAGCAGCAUGUCAUCUACAGCACCAAUGGAAGCCCAGACAACUGUUGUACACAACCCAGCUGGCGGCACCAAGGGCUCCACGGAGAGCUGCAAUAACACAGAAGAGGAGGAGAUGAAAGGUAGGAAAGCUCGUAAACAGGAGAUCAUAAAGAUGACGGAGCAGCUGAUUGAAGCUAUUAACAAUGGGGAUUUCGAAGCUUACACGAGAAUCUGUGACCCUGGACUGACUUCUUUUGAGCCAGAAGCUCUCGGAAACCUGGUGGAGGGCAUGGACUUCCACAAGUUCUACUUUGAGAACUUACUGAGUAAAAACAGUAAGCCGGUGCACACCACCAUCCUCAACCCCCACGUCCAUCUGAUCGGCGAGGAGGCCGCCUGCAUCGCUUACAUCCGCCUGACACAGUACAUCGACAGCCAGGGCCGGCCGCGCUCCUGCCAGUCGGAGGAGACACGUGUGUGGCACCGCCGGGAUGCCAAAUGGCUCAAUGUGCACUUCCACUGCUCUGGAGCGCCGGCUGCACCCCUGAACUGAAGACCAGGCCCAGCUUUGCCUGAACCCUAAAGCUGUUUGGAGCAUUUAUCCUCUGGGUCGGAUUGGUGUCUGGAUCCUGGCCAGGAAGAGGCUCCUUGGAACCUUCUAAAAACACAAAAGUGGGGAAAAUAUCUAAAAAAUUAACAGAGAAAGAAAAACAGACUUUAAAAAAAACAGCAUAUUUCAAGGCUUGAGUGAGUGACAGACCACACCGAGCGACACCAAUCCAGUCCAAACGCUGGCAUAUGAGGGCGAGGCCUGGCUGAUGUCAGCCACUUUCUUGCAGAUGGUGCAUGUUUCCGGGGCAACAUGGGUUGAUGCUGUCCUGGUCCUUGUCUCCCAUGGCCUUUACUUCCCUUUGUCAGUUUUUGUCUGCUGUCUGGAAAAGUAUUAACAUGUUAAAAUAUAUAUAUAUAUAUAUCUAUAACAGAAAACACUUUAACACACAUAGUGAAUGAGAAUGGAGCGGCAAGUUAAAUAAGUAUGUGGUGGUUUUGUUCAGUUUUUUCAGAAAACAGCAGAAGGCCUACUUCUUUAGAGAUAUUGUUUGUUCUACAGUUAACAGGUGUAUGUGUGUGGGAAGGAUCAGCACAACUUGUAUCUACUAAAUAUCAUUAUUUAACAGCCAUCUUUGUGUCUGCUUUGAGCAUACGCACACAAGGUGUGAAAAUGGUUUAGACGCUGUUCAACGUUACUGAAGGGACCUUUAUUUGGAUUUUGUCUUUUUGUAUGACAUGUUAUAAAGCUGUUUGUUUUUAUCUCUUGCAUUAUGUAUUUUGAAUAACUGUGUUGAUCAUUUUUAAUCUAUGGGGGACUUUAUUUAAUACAAUCAUGUAUACAUAAAUAUUUAUAGAAGUAAAAAGGGGGAAAUGUGUUACUUUGAGGGUGUGGGGAGUUCAGCAUGAAAGUUGGUGUUUUUGUUCUGCUUUGUUGUCCCGAGGUGUAAACACACACACACACACACACGCACACGCACACGCACACACACACAUGUGCUCCAGCCUCUCUCUAGGGAUGAGCCACCUCUGAGCUUUAGACACAACAUGAGGCCUGCUCAUCUUGAAGUUGCAGAAGGCCUCCCUCUGUCUCUCCUGUCGUGUUUAAAAUCAGACACCAGGGGGCGCCAUCAGUCAAAAGCUACUCAUCUUUUACUUCCUAAUCUGAAAGCUCAGACCCACUCCCAUGCCAACAUUUUAAGAUUUCUUUGAUCUGUUUUGUGUUUUUGAGGUGAAGCAUGGAUUAUCUGAUCUUCUCAUGGCCUGUACUGUUUCUGCACAGACACUUAAGACUCACUGCUGUUGUGUUCACUCUUCUGACGGAGUAAACCUUUCUGCAACUUCAGGUUACGCUUGCCUGAAUCCUUCCCUUUCUCCCUACCUCUGUCCCUUUACUUCCAUCAUUCCUGCCUCCUUCUUACUCUUCGUAGCAGUCGUGUGAUGAUGUCACCCUUAUGCCUGUCUCUUGUUCUGGUCGUGUUUUUAUGUGGUCCGUCUUGGCUUGCCGUGUGACGUUGUUGCACUAUAAAAAAAAAAAAAAAAAGCAUGUUACAAAGGGAAUGCAGCUGAAGGAUUAGACUAAAACAAGGCAUGAUGGGUAGAGGGCUUGGCCUGAUAAAGGGCUGUGGGACCAUAGCUGAUGGCAAUCAAAGGAUUUUGUCCAAUUUUGUCAGAGUUUCUGUUGUAAAUGGCGUAGCUGUGAGUGUUUUGAUGUUAAUAUUUUUAUCAGUUGUUUUUUCCAGAACUGUAAAAAAAAAACGAGUGGUUGAAAUGAAAGUAGGUGGAGACUGCAACAACACUUUUAUACUGCCCCCUUUGUCCCCACACACACUGUAUGCAAAAUAUAGGAGCAAAAAAAAAUCUAACACUCCUAUGGCUGAUCUGAUUGGAUUCACAACACUGUAAAAGCACACUAGUUUGAAGAUUCUCCCUUUAAAGAGGACAAACAUAUCUGUGUGUCACUGUCGUAUAAACUUUGUGAGUAUGUGACUUUGUACCGGGGAGGGGGGGGCUUGCUGUCUUGUCCUGUGUGCUGCGCUGCUCCAUAGUAUCUCAGAUCAUCAGAUACCAUCAUCUAUGUUUGUACGUGCCCUGGUGCAGUUGAUGCAAAUUUUUAGAAAUCGUUGUGAUUCACGUGAGACCCGCCCUCCUGUAUCAGCCACCUGUACUUCUGUGAAAUAUCUGAUAUGCCUCCAAACUCACCCCCCACACCCACCCCCCACCCCAUGAUGAAAACCAGAACUGAAACUAUGUGAUGUUUUUUUUGAUGACUUAAUGGUUGUUUGUGUGAUUUGAUGACGUGUGUUUCUUUCAUUAUGCGUGCCACACAGUCAUGGGGGGUGUUUGAAGAAGAUGCAACUAAACCUUACAGGCUGCCCUGAAAGGAGGGAACAAUUAAAAGUUCUAUGAACAUGACAUUUCUAAUUGAUUAAAAUGAAGGCAGAAUAGACGGGCGACAUGUGGUGUAAAUGUAACUGAUAAUACAUUAACGCUGAUGAUGAAGAAGUACAGUUUGGGCAUUGAAUCAAAACUAUCUGCAUAGCUGGCUUAGCUGGAGGUGAGUGAGCACAUGUUGGAUGAACUGACUCUUUAAAAAGCUCACUUCCUGGUUUGAACCUGUGGAACAUCAGACAUGGUGUUAACAGGCACGUAUUACUUAAUAUCUUCAAUCUGGCUCUGCAUCUGGAUGCUGAAAGCCUGUUAAGUCCAUCAUCUAAAGUGAAGCGUAUGGAGGCAAAGAAAACUUUGAUCCCAUUAUAAUUUCAUUAAUACGGAAUUCUCAAUACUUCUUUAAUAUCACUAAAUUCAUGCAUUGAAAUAUUCAACUGGGUUUUUGAUUUGUCAUUUGCUUCUUAAUAUCAUUGAGAAAAAGAUUCCAGUUGAGGCUUAUAGUAGACGAGGAAUAUUUUAAUGCAAUGAAUGAAGUGAUGUUUUCAUUUAAAAAUGAACAUUAAACCGUAAUGAUGAUCUCAUAAGUAUUUCACGUAGAUGAGCUUUCUUUGCUGCCGUAGUAUUACUACAGAGUGACCUCCCUGCUUCAGCUGAAGAUCGUUAAGAUUUAAUGUCAUUAAUUGCAUUGUAAUAAGACAGGGUAUGGACUUUUGAGUCUAAAACUGUAUAUAGGAAACGUGACCAAAUGUAAACUUUAAGCAGGUUAACCUUGGGCUAAACGCACCAACUACCUACAAAGAGGUUUUAUUUCACAGUAGGUAGAGCAGGUUGCUGUCUGUUGUUGUUUUGCUUCAUAUCAAACUUUCGUUCCAAAAAUGCAAACGUGCAAAACAAAAACUGAAUAGACACUUUACAAAACACUUCAAAUGUCUCAGAAAUAUUUGAUGAGACAAAAGCACCAGAGUGAACUGAGGGUAGGAAAAGAUCCUUGAAGUGCUUCAUAGUAAAAGGGAAACUUAACAUUCACGAUCUGAAACGGCAACACUAUAUGCAGUUUUACAAAUGGAAGAAAUAUGCAUGUCUAUGUUCUGGUAAUUUUUCACUGUUACUUAAUAAAGAAAUGGAAAUCUGUGUUAUUUGCAUCCUCCAGGUUAUGAAAUGGCUUUGUCCGAGAUGACAAAAUCAGCCAAUGUUAUCUCACAUUAAAGAGCAUAAAAGAUUCACAGAAGCCGAGCUUGUAUGUAAGUAAAGUUAUUGCAUUUUAACCUUAUACUACAAAGGGGCUACAUGUCUAUACUCUUUGAGUUUCACUUGGAUGCUGGACUUUUUGCAUGACCAUACAGUUAAUAAACAUCAUACAUUUAAAACAA